AUGGACCAUGCCAAUGUGACCCCCGCAGCAGCGCUUUUAGCAGAUCAAACUUCCGCACGAGGAGGUCUUUCGGCGCGCAAGAGGAGUCUGCUGGCCAUCGCGCUGCACAUUCUGCUCCUCGUAUUUUUCCUCAUUCUAGCCAUCGUUUGGGCUGUUCGAUCCGCCUCUCCAUCCAGCAGCAGCAGCAGUAGCAGCAGCAGCGCAUCCACAUCCGCUCUGGGCCAAUCUCUGGGCUUAUCCGCCAACUCCAGCUUUGCCAAACAUCACUCUUUUCCCACGCGCAUUCCCAUCGGUCUGCUAGCUCAAGCGCAAUCCGCGCUCAAUUUUCUCAUGAGCAUCAUUGCUGCCCUCUUCUUGGGCGUGUGCGGUGCUUUGGCCGUCAGAGCUGCGACGCAGAGAGCCAUCAUCAAGGGCGGAACGAUGACUGGUAUCAGCGAGACGCUCAGCGCCUGGGGUGGUCUGGUCAGCGCUGUAGAAGCGUUCAGAUCCAGCGGCGACUGGCCAGGAGGCAGGAGCACCACGCUGCUCAUCCUGUUGUACCUGGGCGGAUGCAGUCUCAUCUCUGCCCUCUUGCCUGCCAUCUUUACCCUUUCCGCCGUCAACACCCACGCUCCCGCCUCGCUCUCCUUCUUUCCCUACUCCAAUCUGUCCAUGAACAUUGACAAUCGGCCAACGUACACGCAACCAGCUUACAGCGUAGAUGGUAUCCUCACCAAAGACUUUCAAACCGCUCGAGCCGGACUGUCCGGCUCGCGAAUCUACGACAUCUUGACGCCUUCCGAUGUCACGCCUGGCACCGCCCUGGUCAAGGCGUACGAUGUGGACGUCAAGUGCGGCGCGCCCGAAAGAGCUGCGCUCAACGCUACCGUCGCACCCUUUGACGGCAGCUUCCACUCCAUACGCUUAAACUUUACCAUCGGCGGCAGCAACAUCUCCGACGUGGCAGCGUACGAUACCAACGGCAUCAACAACUUGGACUGGCAGCUCAACUUGGUGGAUGAUGUUGCUUUCGUCAACCCAUCCGGCUGGGCUGGCAAAUAUCAAAAUCAGCUUUCGCGCGCCAGGUUGCUCCGCACCCAACCUGUUCCCGGUGAUGACAUGCUCAACGUACUCAAUGGACGCAACAUCUUCAUGUACCUCUUGAACCAAGAAGAUCCGGACUUGUCCUUUGAUGUUGGGCCCAACUACGACGCCAAGGGUAAUGGCGGUCCAAGACUUCCCUUUACCAUGUAUCCACCUCCAGCUUCUGCUCCAGAUGCUGCCAUCGAGCUAAACGGCAAACAAGGAGGCUACCGCGUCAAUGGAACGAUUACCCUGACGGGCGAUGACGGCAGACCCACAUUCCUGAAUAUGAGCGCCACGGUAUUGGGAUGCACAGUGUUCGUCGAGCCCGUGUCCAACGUGUCCAUCGACAUGUCCAGCAAUCUCUUGCUCUCCCACUCGCAGCCCGCUCGUCAAUCGCGCUACGCCACGCGCGAAUGGGGUAGCUGGAUGCCAACUGCGCGCAAUGCCGAUGCUCUGUACGCUCCAGACACGUACGCCCACAACCUGCUAGCCUUGACCGCAGGAUCCAUCCUGGACGUCAGCUCGGCGCCCACCGGCAAUCCCGCCACCACGUCGCGCAACACUGCAGCUUGCAUCUCUAGACCUGGAGGUACGUGUCACAUCGACACCAUGGCAGAAUCCUUUUUUGCUCAGCAGCUGUGGAAAGCUAGGUACGCGCUGUUCAUGGACGAGAACAAUCUGCCCACUCGCAACUUGACGGAGGAGGACUUGAAAAGGAAGAAUACACUCGCUUUGAUCGAGGAAAGCUUGGCGAACGUGACGGCGUGGUCCUACUACGCCAUCUCUCGCGAAGCUUUUCACUUUGCCUCCGAUCUGCACGUCCCCGUCAACAAUUCCAAAGGCUUCCUACCCAUCCGAUCGACCAUUCCAAAUGUCGAUGCGCCAGCCUCCAACCUGUGGGAGCUGGGCAGCAGCAGCAGCAGCGCCGAUGACCUGCAACUCCCAUUCGCGCUCUCCACCAUCAAUGCCGUCGAGUUGCAGCUGAAUGCUUGGCCAAUCUUUGUGGGUCUGGUAGGAAGCAUUGCGGUGCUUUGCAUAUUGGCCUACCUCGUCCGACCUAGCAGAUCCUACGAGCGCAUCAAUCUCAUCAUUCCAGGAACCAGCUUCAUCCAACUAGCCGCGCUGCUCUCCUCUUCCGACAUUCCGCAACGCCUAUCCAACAGCCGUACGUUGGAACUCAAAGAGUUGCGCAGGUUGGGCCGGUUCGAAGUUCAUUUGGCCGGUUCCGAGGGGCAUCCAGGCGCGGACGCAGGCGCAGAUGUAGCGCCUCUCAGCGCGCCUGCGUUCGAGAAGCUUCGACCUGAACGCAGCGAUACUCGUCCCAGCAUGAGGAGCAGACAAGCGACGAUCAGCAGUCAGACCCGCUCGCACGCAUCCAGAUCCCAACCUCGUCGCGACGAUCGCAUUCUCGAAGCAGCGGCGGCGGCGACGGCGGCUGCAAGCUUAGCAUAG